AUGGUGACGGUGGUGGAUGCGAGUUCGGCCAGCCCGCAACUGCCAGGCGUUGUUUACUACGGCAUCGAGGCCCCUCAUUCCGGAAUGUGCAAAUUCAACAGCAGCAGCGCUCCUGGAUACAGAAACGUUUCAACCGCUAUUCGGGCGUGGGCAGAAGAGGCUCCGCCAGUGAUUCGAACCCGCUGGAACAUUGAAUUGGACGACAGGAGGGCUAGAGCACAAUCCGAGGCAGCCGAGAUCACUCGCGAGUAUGGCAGCCCUCCAGAGACUGUGAUUUCAGAAUAUAGAUAUGUUCCAGCAGCUCAACAAUCGUCACCUGUUGACACAACAAGCACCCGAUCCGCUCCUGUUUCUGACUCUGCCCCCCAAGUCUUGAACUCUGGUCCUCAUUUCGUUCAUCCUGAUCGAUUCCGACCCAACUCGUUUUUCAAAGGGCGAGAGGACUACCUUGCAGAUCUUCACAAGCUGUUGAAAGACCCGAAGAGGCGCUCAGAGGGGACAUCUGCGGUUUUAAUUCAGGGCAUUCCUGGUGUCGGGAAAACACAUCUUGCUCGACAGUACUACUUCAAUCAUAAGGACCAGUAUUCUGGGGGCGCAUACUGGAUCAGGUCUACCACGUUGCAAGACAUGGAAGACGGGUUCUGGCGCAUUGCGAAAACCCAGGCUAUCAAGGGCAUGGCUGCUCAAGGACAUAAGAAGGACUUGUUAAAUCCACACAACAUGGUCGAUAUCGUCAGACGGUGGUUCAAUGAGUCAAGCGAUUGGCUGCUAGUGUUUGAUGGCAUUCGCGUCAACGACAAAGCGAUUCUCAAGUACAUACCCGACCGGCCAAACAGCAGUCUCAUCUACACAUCAACUGACCGGUGUGAUCCUGGGUCUCAUCUUCUUGACAACCCCAGCAUGAUGAAGUUGCCUCUACCACCCAUUCAAGACGCACAGGAGUUGUUGCUCGAAGAAAUGGGAAAGAAACACCCAUACAACACUGAUGAUCUCAGACGAGCUCAUGAAUUGGUACAGCUGAUGGGUCGCCUCCCUCUGAUGAUUCACGCCGCUGCUGUGAACAUGAACACCACGAGGGAACCGCUUGCAAAGUAUCUCAAGACCUUCCGAGACUCACCAAAAGUUGGUGAGCUUCCUGCAUACAUGGCCAUUCGAGAUCAGUUGCAGAGUCGCGGUAAUUACGCCGCGUUGAAUUUGAUCUACAUACUCUCCUUCUUCAGUCAAUUCAUACCGGUUGAGCUACUGGCUCUUGGCUUGGGAGCUUUGGACAAGCGAACACCUGUGAAGACGGAAACAACAAAGGGCAGAAGGAGCCUGACACAGACUUUCGUUACUUUGAUAAGCUUCGCCCUUAUCGAACGAAACGAAGCUGAUGACGUCUCUUCCUCGAGCUCGCAGAGCGGUCUCAACACGACUCCUGAGCCUUUGGAUACACUCCGUGUUCACAGUGUUGUACAGGCGUUCUUUAUUGAAUUUCUUGCCAAGGAGGGACAGCUGCAUUUCUGGCUGGAGCGGGCCAUCCGCGUCUUCUGCGCGUCGUUCGACGAAGCCUACACCAGGAUGAACGAUGAGCCUACCACUGGCCUUCCCGAAGACUACAGACAAUACAUUCGGCACGGCAGGAGGUUGAAGGACCUUAUUGACCGUCAUGUCAUUGAUCGCCCGACUCACCGGUCCACAGAGCAACCUAAUUCGCAGUAA